CCCGCGCCCGCUGCCAGCCGAGGCACCCGGCCGGGGCGCGGAGCCGACGCCAGCCAGGUAGGGAUCCUCCUCAAGCACUGCCAGGAUACUCUCUAGGAAGCCAGCGGCCCCGGGGGCAUCCCCAUGUGCCCGGGCAGCCUUGCCGAAGGAUGUUACGCCCUCACCCGGCCGGGAUCCUCCUGGUGCUGCUGCUGUGCCUCCAGGCCCCCUCCGCCCAGGUCACAGACAUCGUCUUUGACAAGUGGAAGGCCUACAGCGAGGAGUGCCACCGCAACAUGAGCCUCCUGCCGCCCCCGACCGAGCUGGUCUGUAACAGAACCUUCGACAAGUUCUCGUGCUGGCCCGAUGCGCAGCCUAACAGCAUUGUCAAUGUGUCCUGCCCCUGGUUCCUGCCCUGGUACGACCAAGUGAAGAAUGGCCAUGUAUUCAAAAAGUGUGGCCCAGAUGGACAGUGGAUAACCAAUCCUGAAGGAAAGACAUUGCGUGACACCCGGCAAUGUGUGAUGGACAACGGGACCAUCUUAGAACAGGAGAAGUUUGCUAGGAUCUAUGGUAGCUUCAAGGUGAUGUACACAGUUGGCUACUCGGUGUCCCUCUGUGCCCUGCUCCUUGCACUGGCUAUCCUGCUGGGCUUCAGCAAGCUGCACUGCAUGCGCAACUACAUCCACAUGAACCUCUUCGUCUCCUUCAUCCUGAAGAACGUCUCGGUGCUCAUCAUCGACAUGCUGCUCAACACCCGCUACAGUGAGGAGAUCGACGACUACAACGUGGGCCUUUGGUUGACGGAUGAGGCAGCAGCAGGGUGUCGGACAGCUACGGUGUUCAUGCAGUAUGGCAUCGUGGCCAACUACUGCUGGCUGCUGGUGGAAGGAAUCUAUCUACACAACCUGCUCGUGCUAGCCGUCUUCUCCGAGCGCAGCUACUUCACCCUCUACCUCUGCAUUGGUUGGGGAGCGCCAAUUCUGUUCAUUGUGCCGUGGGUGACGGUGAAAUUCCUUUACGAAAAUAUCCAAUGCUGGAGUACUAACAAUAACAUGGGCUUCUGGUGGAUCCUGCGGUUCCCCGUGUUCCUGGCCAUCUUGAUCAAUUUCUUCAUUUUUAUCCGCAUUAUUCAGAUCUUGGUCUCCAAACUCCGUGCCCACCAGAUGCGCUACACGGACUACAAGUUCCGGCUGGCCAAGUCGACACUGACACUCAUCCCACUGCUGGGUAUCCAUGAAGUGGUUUUUGCCUUCGUCACUGACGAGCACGCCCAGGGCACGCUGCGCUACGUCAAGCUCUUCUUUGACCUCUUCCUCAGCUCCUUCCAGGGAAUGCUGGUAGCCAUCCUCUACUGCUUUGUGAACAAGGAGGUACAGUCAGAGCUUGCCAAGAAAUGGACGCGUUGGAAGCUUGGCCGGGACAUAGAAGAGGAGUAUAAGCACACGUACAGCCACACGCUCAACAUCCGCAAUGGGAGUGCCAGCACCUGCGAGAAGCACAAGCUGGUCGGGAGCUACCUCAAUGGGCUGGUCCGCAGCCCAGCGACUGUACAGACUAGCACACAGUAUCUGGAGAGGACAGGCUGUAGCGCCAGUGAGAACUUGACGAUGGGUGAGCGGCACCAUUGCUUUGAGUUCCCGGGCACCUUGGAGUUCCACAACACAACCGAGAGCAACUUCUGAAGAUGUCUUACCCAUCUGCUGCUGUCCUGCGGGACUGUUCUCAUUCUUUGCCCUUGAGACAGCCACACUACCCUGGCAGGAGGAUGGCUGCAGUCCGGGACUUGGAGACGCGGCAGGAGGCGUGUAACUGGAAACCCUGCCCUCUGCCAAGCGGCCUGAAGCUGGCAGGAUGCUGCCAAGUCCUUUUCUGGGUGUGAGACACACACGCAAGUCCCCGUGGGACUGCCUGCAUGCGCAGUGCUCCUUGGAGGGGCCCCCACUGAUGCCAAGCAGCCCGGGACAGGGGAGUGCUGAGCCCUCUCAGGGAGCCGAUGGUGGUGCCUGCCAAACAAACCUUGUGCCGGAAGGGGUUUUGUACCACUGCUGGGGGCUGCAAAGGUUUGCAUGGUUUAGGGACUGUGCCAUGAUCAGCACUGUUCAAACUCAGAAUGGCUGAAAGUUUCAGCAUUUUUUUCUUUUCAGAGCUGGCCCUUAUAGUUACAGCAAACAAGCUAAGCAGGUGUCGGCAGUAUUUUCUAAAAUGUUUUAAAAUCACAUAGAAAGGUCUGUGCAUUUUUUCCUCCUGGUCGGGAGGUGGGAUAUAUUCAGAGUUAUCAGCUCUUUCCCCUGUUUCUUUCAUUCUCCCCACCCUCUCUUCCCAAUCCUGGUACUAUCUUGAUGCAAAAUUUGGCCAA